AUGCAGGGCUGGGACCGGCCGGGGGGGCCAGGGCUGCAGGCUGGGUUUGCUGCCUGUCUGGCAGAGCUUGUGUGCCUCGGUGACCAGCUUCUGAUCAAAGGAGGAAAAAUUGUCAACGAUGAUCAGUCAUUUUAUGCAGAUGUUUAUGUGGAAGAUGGUUUAAUAAAACAGAUUGGAGAGAACCUGCUCGUUCCGGGAGGAGUGAAGACGAUCGAUGCCUACGGGCAGAUGGUGAUGCCGGGGGGGAUCGAUGUCCACACCAGGCUGCAGAUGCCCAUCAUGGGGAUGACCUCUGCUGAUGGCUUCUUCCAGGGCACAAAAGCAGCCCUGGCUGGAGGCACCACAAUGAUCAUCGAGCACGUGUGCCCCGCGGCGGGGAGCAGCCUCCUGGCCGCCUUCGACCGUCGUUGCGCCCCCCGCCAGGCCUGCUGCGACUACGGCCUCCACGUGGACAUCCCGCGCUGGCACGACGGCCUGGGCGAGGAGCUGGAGGCCCUGGGCAAGGACAAGGGUGUGAACUCCUUCCUGGUUUUCAUGGCCUACAAAGACAAGCUGCAGUGCACUGAUGCCCAGAUGUACCAGAUAUUCUGCAUGAUCCGAGACCUGGGGGCCAUCGCCCAAGUGCACGCGGAGAACGGAGACAUCAUUGAUGAGGAGCAGAAGCGGCUGCUGGAGCUGGGGAUCACGGGGCCGGAGGGGCACGUCCUGAGCCGGCCCGAGGAGGUGGAGGCCGAGGCCGUGUACCGCGCCAUCACCAUCGCCAGGCAGGCCAACUGCCCCCUCUACGUCACCAAAGUCAUGAGCAGAGGAGCAGCAGAUGUCCUGGCGCAGGCAAAGAGGAAAGGCGCGGUGGUGUUCGGGGACCCCAUCACCGCCAGCCUGGGCGCCGACGGCUCGCACUACUGGAGCAAGAACUGGGCCAAGGCCGCCGCCUUCGUCACGUCCCCCCCGCUCAGCCCGGACCCCACCACGCCGGAGCACCUGGCCUCCCUCCUGUCCUGCGGGGACCUGCAGGUUGCUGGCAGUGCCCACUGCACCUUCACCACCGCGCAGAAGGCCGUGGGGAAGGACAACUUCACCCUGAUCCCCGAGGGGACCAACGGCAUCGAGGAGCGGCUGUGCAUCGUCUGGGAGAAGUGUGUGGUCUCUGGGAAGAUGGACGAGAACGAUUUUGUCGCGGUGACCAGCACCAACGCUGCCAAGAUCUUCAACUGCUACCCCAGGAAGGGCCGUGUUGCUGUGGGUUCUGAUGCAGACCUGGUGUUGUGGAACCCAAAGGCUACUAAAAUCAUCUCAGCCAAGACUCACAAUCUGAACGUGGAGUACAACAUAUUUGAAGGCACAGAGUGCCACGGGGCUCCGGCUGUGGUCAUAAGUCAAGGAAAAGUUGUUCUGGAAGAUGGAAACCUGUGUGUCACCCAGGGCUCAGGUCGCUUCAUUCCUAGAAAGACGUUCCCUGAUUUUGUUUAUAAAAGGAUAAAGGCAAGAAACAGGCUGGCCGAGGUCCACGGCGUCCCCCGGGGUCUGUACGACGGGCCAGUCCACGAGGUGCUGGCCAGGGGCUCCAGCCCGGCCGCGCGCGUCGCGCCCUGCGCCAGCAAAGCCGCGGCUGCGCCCGUGCGCAACCUGCACCAGUCGGGGUUCAGCUUGUCUGGCUCGCAGGCAGACGACCACGUCGCCCGACGCACGGCCCAGAAGAUCAUGGCCCCGCCGGGCGGGCGCUCCAACAUCACCUCGCUGUCCUGA